UGACACAUGAUCUAGAGCCAACAUUAAAAUGGCCGCUCAUCUGGUGUUUGGUGAAAUAAGUCUUCAUCUCCCAGCUAAGCAUGAUGAUGAACAUGUGUGGCUGAGUUAGUUUGUAAAAACCUUCAUGGAAAAUUCCAGCUCCUGGUGAGGAGAUCCGGUCCAGUGGUUCCGGUCCUGGUGUUCCGGGCUGCUCUGAUGGACCGCAUACUCACACACAAACACACACACUGACACACACACACUCGGUUCCCAUUGAGCAGCAGUGGACACACGGAGCUGCAGGACUCCUUGCUGGUGUUGUUGGUUGGUUCUGCAGACAUGUUACCAAAAACCCGUCUGGGGAAGCGUUCUCCUUUCGGGGCGCUGGUGAGCUCGGCCUGUUCAGCUGCAGAGGCAGCAAAAACCGGCUUCACCGCGGCGAUGGGGUCCGAACAGGCAGGCAUCAGCAGAGUCAAAGGUCACGGCGAUUUGAAGGUGUAUUUUCAGUGUGCAGGAUCAGGUGAAGGGUCAGGGGUUCUCGAUCCGUUCAGUAACGCCCCGGCUGAUGCGGCGGUCAGCGCCUCCUUCCAUCACGGCAGUAGAUCAGUGUCUUCCUGCAUCGACGUCCCGCGAAGCUCCAGGGGCGCGCAGGAGGUGGACAUGGACGAACUGAUGGCGGCCAUGGUCCUCAGUAGUUUGUCCUGCAGUCCGCCCCCGAAGGCCGUCCCCCCGCCGAACUGUGCAGGUCCGUCUGUGGAGUCCGGCCCUGAGCUCUCAGACAGCGGCAGCAGCGGACACUGGAGCGUCGAUGUCGCCAACGGAAGCUCCGCCCCCUCCUCCCCGGCGACAGCAGAGCCGGAGAGUGAAACCUUGGUGCCACCGGAUGAGGGCCUGGACAUGGAGCUGGAUCAGGUUCUGUUUGACGAACCGGCACCACGGAAACGAAGGAACUCCGUGAAGGUGGCGUACCGAUGUCUGUGGCCGAGCUGCGGGAAGGUGCUGACCUCCGUGGUUGGAAUCAAACGUCACAUCAGAACGACUCAUCUGUGGCGUGGCGGGGAACACGAGCGCUGCUCCCGCAGCGAGGAGGACUUUUACUACACCGAGAUCAACCAGCCUCAGUCUCCACCCCAUCCGCUCCUCUGUGGGCCCGGCCCAGCCUCCUCUAGCUCCUCCCCUUCCUCCCCGCCCAGUCCCCCCCCUCCCUCCCCUCCUUCCCCGCCGGGCUGCGAUUCUCUGAGCCGCUCCGCCCCCUCCCCCUGUGGCAGCUCCUGGCAGGUCCAAUCAGAGCACUCCUACCAGGCCCCGCCUCCAAGUCACAUGGUGCUGCCAGCUCCGCCCACCUUGUGUCGCCUGACGACUGCACCCGUUACCUGCAGCAGACCGGGCUCCACGUUCCGCGUCCGGUCCGUCAGCGUGGGGGAGCAGUGGCUGCAGCACCAGGGCGCCCCCUGCAGGAGGAUCCGCAGCGAGGCCAAGAAGUGCCGCAAGGUGUACGGCAUCGAACACAGGGACCAGUGGUGCACGGCCUGCCGCUGGAAGAAGGCCUGCCAGCGCUUCCUGGACUGAGGAAGAGGACGAGGAAGAGCUCUUUCUAACGUCCGCUCGUUCAUGUUUUCAUUUCCGUCAGAGAGAAGUUAGUUUCUACGUCUGGAAGAACGAAAGUCUUUAUUUUUGUUGGUUAGUUUUAGUCUUCGGUGUGACGAAGACGUCCGGCAGCUACGCAGCAGCCCCGCCCCCUGCUGCCGCCAGAGGUCAAGGGUCAAGAGGCCUUUUUUUAACAUUUCAGGCUGCCAGGAAGCCAUUUUUCUAGUUAGUUUGUGCAGCACGGAGGUUUCCAGCCUCAGCGUAACUCGACUCUUUGGACGAAGACGGGAACAUCUGAGGAACUUCUUCAUCUCUUUAAAAAAACUGCAAAAACUCAAAGCUGGUGCUUCUUUCUGACAAAAAAUUAUCUUCAAGAAUAAGUUUUAAGGAAUGUGUUUAUUUUGUAAAAAAAAUGUCUAUAUGAAAUGUUGGUUUAAAAAAGCACUUAUUUUCAGAGUAAAUUCAGGCGUCAGAGUAUCUGAAAUCAAAGCUUCAGAAUAAAAGUCAAGAGUUUACUGAGAUUUAAUCUAAAUAUUCAUCAGCAGGCUUUAAAAGGAUGAAGAGGUGUGGCCAUCACCGACUGGUCAGAGGUAGAGAAGUUUCCCGUUAGGAUUGAAAACCGCCGCCUUCAUGAAGGAGAUGCCUCAUGGUUACUAUCGAACUUUCUUCUCAUUGUCAUCUGAUGAACAUGUGGGCGGAGUUUCGUGUCUCUACCUCAAAGUAAACUGUAAGGUUUUCCAUAGCAACCGACGUUUACACAGGCCACGCCCCCUCUGUUCAUAUGAUACCUGCUACGUCUGUCCGUUUAUCGUACAUUAAACUUUAACCGUACAAGCUUCUGUUUUCAGAUCAAACGUGCGCGUUAAGAGGAAACGUUUUCUAAACGUAAGGCGGCCAUCUUUGUUAGGUCUUGAUGAGAUCUGAGUGAGGUUUCACUUAAAGGUUAUUCUGUGAUGUCAGACUUUAUCUUAAGGUGGCGCCCUCUCCAGAGGUCAGGUGGACUUUUUUUAUGUCUUGGUUAAUCAAGUGUGUGUACCAUCUUUUGUAACCGUACUAAAAGUUAACUUUGAUCGUUUUGGAUGUUUUCUUUGUGCCAAAGUCUCUUCUUCACGUCCGGCUGUCCGGGACGGUUUUUUCAAAGCUGGAUUUCUGUUCCGUGUCGGUUUGUAUUUGACACGGACUUUACGAGUCGGCGGUUCUGCCGGCUUCAACUGUAAACUGAGGAAGAGGAGUCACUUCAUCAGGUCCACAAACGUCUGGAAGCCGUUCAGCCUCUGAGGAGAUCGUGCCGGACGGGUCACCGCCUCCGGGUUGUUCCAGCGCAGCCGGAAAACGACAGACAGUUUCUGCAAAGUCUCCGCAUGACGGUCGUAAUAAAAACAGGAUAAGGUU